AUGCCAGUGUCAGACGCUGCCGAAUCUUUAUCAGCGUCGAAUAUCAAUGGGUCGGAGUUCACCAUCAGUUGGAAUCAACCAGAAGACCUCUACUACCAGCCAAACGCGACACUGAGGAAUUUGACAUCUAUCGAGGGCGAAAUCGAGUACCAGUUAACCUGCGUCAGUGAGACAGCAGCCUCCCUGUAUUUAACAAAAAGAGACCCGAACGCAACUUCUAGCCCUGCAUCAACCUCAUUCUCGAUAACCGCGAUGAGCGGUGUUGUACCUGGAACGAUCUUCGAGUGCUCCAUGAAACUUGCGUACAAAGGUUAUACGAGCGCAAAGAGCAUCCCUAUCACACUCGUCACGCCGGACGCAACGAUCCCCGGGACCGCCAGCCCCCAAGACGUGAUAUUGGAUGUCAUGCACUACGACUUCAGCAAGACUAACCCAAACUUCGCCGACAUCCUAUACCCGUCAAUCAAAAACCCAAGCUACGUCGCGUCACCUUAUGGGGCGUGGCUAUCGAUCUCGAACACGCCCACAAGUGAUACGUUUUCCAAAUGGUUCCGAUCAGACCCAACUGUCAACUAUGCACUUAACAAUACCUUGAUUCUUACCAAUUAUUCUGGAAAUAUCAAACGGUUUUGGUCAGAAGAAUUCUUCCCAGUGGAUGGCCGUGGAUUUUUUUCAGAAGAACAGAAAGAUUGUGCUGGGACAUUCCGUAAUUUUGGUUUUACGACCGCCUUGCGGACAAGUAUCAAAUUUGGUGGCACUGAGAAGAUUACUCUGGGAGGGGGCGAGGCACUUUGGCUCUUCAUCAACAAGGUCAAGGUCAUAGAUCAAGUCUCGACCGGCAAGAACUACAGGGAAUGCUUUUACCUCGACCUGUCCCCGGCCGCUACUAAACUGGGCGGAACUAUUCAGCCCAAGGUCGGGAUGUUAUCGGCUGCAGGGUCCUGCGGCACCUUGGUAGGUGAGAUCUAUCACUUCGACAUGUUCCACGCGGAGACGAGGCGCUGCUCCUCCCACUUCCUGUUUCAAGUUGAGGACUUGACCUUCAGUCAGUCGCCCCAGACUGAACUGCCUCUGGACUUCAGCGUAUCAAUUGCUGAAGAUUUCUUCAUCGGCGACGUCGUUGCUAACUUAACGCUGAAUGACGCGUUCUCGGUAGGCCCAUACACUGUUACGUUAUAUGCAGGAAACGAAAAUCGGCUCUUUGAGAUCAAGGCCGACAUUGCCGCCAACGCAUUCACGCCUUCUGUACAGUCACCCCCCAACUAUACGACAAUUGUUGACCAGGAGGGCAAAACUAUUCAAUUCUUAGAGUGCUCUACAGUUUUUACGCCCACGUGGAACAGCAAUAUAACUGCUGAAACAUUUUCAAUCUCAACGUCAUCGGCCCUUUUCACCCUCAAAAACACGCUGGAUUAUGAAACAAGAAAGACCUACUACUUCUUGUUGACCGUAGUGGAUCAUGGGACCAGGCUAACCGGGUCAAUAUCUUUAAGGGUUGCAAUCACAGACGUAAACGACAACUGCCCCGUUAUUUCACCAACAACCUUAGUACUCAUGCCACUACCGGUCCUAGUACCGGAAGCGCUGGCCACCUUUGCUUCCAAUGACAUCGACAGUGGCGACAACGGCGACAUCAGAUACAUUGUGUCAAAAGCAAUACCUGAGCCUCCAAUCGAUUACAAUAUCCCGGUGGAGCUUUACGAUGACAUCUACGUAAACUCCACGACGCUGCAGUUCAAAGUGGUCGCUAUUGACAACGGAACCGUACCGCGCGGAGACGUAGCGUACGUUAAUGUCACCUUGAGCUACACGUGCGUCAUGGAUGUCCUGUUGGGGGACAUCAAAUACGUCUUUGCAGUUGAUAAAGUAACUGGGGACAUGACGCUUAGAAUACCUAAGUACUAUGUGCUCGAAUUCCAUGCCAAGCAUUGUGACGGUAAAGCUUAA